AUGGUCUCAUCUGCUGACGAUAUUGGUAUGUGUCUAGAAGUGACACCGCAGACGAUCUUCAGGUCCGUCAUUUCAUCGGCUUCAGAAAAGCCGUAUCUCCUACACAGCAACCACUUCCAGACUGGGCCCUUCCUGUCACAGACGCAAAUUGCCGAUGCAUACCUUGGAGGGAGUUCAUGGUAUCGCGGUGAGCGGCUCGAAGCAGGGUUGCGCGCACAGGCACAGAAGGAAAAUUUGAUCGAACAGGAUAUUACGGCGGCGUUCCAGGAUCAUGCUGGUUAUCCGCAUAGUCUAUGUGAGCAUGCUGUUGAGGGGCAAAGUUCCAAGCAGGAGAAUUCUGGGCCAUAUUCUGGUCCCACGUCGACUGUCUGCUGUGUCGUUUAUAACCUGUCUAAACGCACAGUGCGAGUUUGUAAAGGCUGCCCAUGUGAGGGCACAUUUCAAGAUUUCGAGUUGCGAUGA